AUAAUAGAAGUGAACAUUCUUUGCAAAGUCCAAGCAGCUAGACACAUUUAAGACCAUUAAGGGAGCCAGGAAAUAAGACCCAGACAAGGUGGGCAGAAGUUGGAAGGCAGGAGACAGGCAUGAGGAGGUGGGCCUUUCUGAUCUGCCAGCCCAUCUCUCCUCCCCUUACUUCCUCAGAGUUUAUCCAGAGAUUCCUGCCUCGGGAGCUCCAAAUUGUCCGUACCCUGGACCACAAGAACAUCAUCCAGGUGUAUGAGAUGCUGGAGUCUGCCGACGGGAAAGUCUGCCUGGUGAUGGAGCUGGCUGAGGGAGGGGAUGUCUUUGACUGCGUGCUGAAUGGGGGGCCACUGCCUGAAAGCCAGGCCAAGGCCCUCUUCCGUCAGAUGGUUGAGGCCAUCCGCUACUGCCAUGGCUGUGGUGUGGCCCACCGGGACCUCAAGUGCGAGAACGCCUUGUUGCAGGGCUUCAACCUGAAGCUGACUGACUUUGGCUUUGCCAAGGUGUUGCCCAAGUCACGCCGGGAGCUGAGCCAGACCUUCUGUGGCAGUACAGCCUAUGCUGCCCCCGAGGUGCUGCAGGGUAUUCCCCACGAUAGCAAGAAAGGUGAUGUCUGGAGCAUGGGUGUGGUCCUGUAUGUCAUGCUCUGUGCCAGCCUACCUUUUGACGACACAGACAUCCCUAAGAUGCUGUGGCAGCAGCAGAAGGGGGUGUCCUUCCCCACUCAUCUGAGCAUCUCGGCCGAUUGCCAGGACCUGCUCAAGAGGCUCCUGGAACCCGACAUGACCCUCCGGCCUUCAAUUGAAGAAGUUCGUUGGCAUCCAUGGCUAGCAAGCACUUGAUAAAAGCAAUGAUGGCAAGUGCUCCCCAAUAAAGUAGGGGGAGAAAGCAAACCCAAAAACCCGCUUCUAAAA